AUGAAUGUGGACGCUGAGGAUACCUCAGCAGUCGGACAGCCCGAUCACGAAGAUGUGGCCCAUGCGCAGCCACUUGCUGAGGAUGCCACCAAACAGGACACCGACAAGGUCAGCAUCUCGGAUGCGUCUUUUGACUUGGUCAUCCCGGAGGCAACAGUGGGUCAUGAAUACGCGGCCAAGGCAAUGGUCCUCAAUCAAGCUGUGCAAUCCAUUGGCAUGGGCCGUUAUCAAAUUCUGCUGUUCCUUGUCGUCGGCUUUGGAUGGGCAAGCGACAAUUUGUGGCCUACUGUUACUGGUCUGAUUUUGCCACCGGUGACGAAAGAGUUCCUUGCCGAUGAACCGAAUGCUCAAAGGAUUUACCCGCGCAUUACCCUUGCGCAAAACAUCGGCCUGUUCGUCGGUGCCUUUUUCUGGGGCUUUGGCUGUGACUUGUUUGGACGCAAAUGGGCAUUUACGUUGACUUUAUUCUUUACGGCUGUAUUCGGUCUAGUGGCUGCGGGAUCCCCCACGUUCGCGGCUGUUGGUGUGUUUGCUGCGCUGUGGUCCUUUGGUGUCGGCGGAAAUCUCCCAGUCGACUCGGCCAUCUUUCUGGAGUUCCUCCCCUACACGCACCAAUACUUGCUUACCGUGUUAUCGACCUACUGGGCGUUUGCCGAACUGUUUGCAGACUUGAUUGCAUGGCCCCUAAUCGGAUAUCUCACUUGUUCUGAAUCUGAAGUAUGCACUAAAGCCAAAAACAUGGGAUGGCGGUACUUUGUGAUUGUGAUGGGCGCACUAUUUGUCGUCUUCUUUUUGAUCCGCUUCUUCUUCCCUGUCCUGGAGUCACCCAAGUAUCUGAUGGGGAUUGGAAAGGAAGAGGAAGCAGUGGAUGUUGUGCAUCGCCUUGCCAAGAUCAACAAGAAGACAACCGAGCUCACCGUUGAGGAUUUGACGAAGCACAAUAUCGACAGCCGUGCGCAGCAAUCUGGCGAAAAGAAAUACAACAUACAAUCGCUAGAGGAGUUCAAGCCAAGCAACAUUUCGGCGCUAUUUGCGACGCGCCGAAUGGCUAUCAACACAUCGUUGAUUAUUGCAAUUUGGGCUCUGAUUGGCCUUGCGUUUCCACUCUACAAUGCGUUCAUCCCGUCCAUUGUGACGCUGAAUGAACCAGAUGUGCAUACGACGUAUUGGCAUCUUGUCGUGAAUGCUGUGAUGGGUGUUCCAGCUUGCAUCAUCGGCGCGUUCCUCAUUGAAGUGAAGGGUAUCGGCCGGAAGGGCACUCUGGGUGCAUCCACGAUCCUCACAGGUGUCUUCCUCUUCUGCUCUACGACCUCGAAGAAUUCUGACCAGCUUCUGGGCUGGCAAUGUGCGUUCAAGUUUUGUUCCGGAUUGAUGUACGCGGUGCUCUAUACCUACACGCCCGAGAUUUUUCCUACCAAGUACCGUGGCACCGGCAACGCAUUGACUGCAUGUGCGAACCGCAUCUUCGGUAUUAUGGCUCCCAUCAUUGUCAUUGGUGCCCUGUUCCUUGUCGCCGGCGUCCUGUCUCUCCUUCUACCUCUGGAGCCCCGCGGUAAAGCGACGGUGCUGUGCUCGAGUGCUUGCGCUCAGAAUGCUUCGCAGACCAACGGCACGGCAAAGAUCGCGCCCAAGGUCCUGGUGGUCACACUUUUCGAGCCGGAGCGCAACGCGUGGUUGAACAACUUGACGCUCACAGAGAACGUCACUGUGCCCGGAUUCAGUCCCCUCUUCCCCCAUGCCAGCUGCGAUAAACAAGGCGAUACGUGCCUUAUCACCACUGGUGAGGGCGAGAUUAACGCUGCCUCGACGCUGACCGCGCUCCUCUACAACUCGCAGUUUGACCUUCGCAAGUCGUACUUUAUCGUGAAUGGUAUCGCCGGGAUUAACCCGUACGCCGGAACGAUUGGCAGUGUGAGCAUUGCGCGCUACGCUAUCCAGCCCGGCCUGCAGUACGGCAUCGACAGUCGCGAGAUGCCCCAAGGCUGGAACUACAGCUGGUGGAGCUACGGCACGUCGGAGCCUGGCCAGUACCCCGGCUUCUUUUAUGGAACGGAAAUCUUUGAGGUAAACACGAAUCUGCGCGACAGGGUGUUUGACCUGGUGAAGAAUGUGUCGCUGUCGGACAAUGAGGUCGCCAAGGAUAACCGCAAGCCUUAUCCGUUUGCGCCUGCCAAUGCUACGCCAUCGGUUAUCAAGGGUGACGUCGCCACGAGCGACCUGUACUACACGGGCAAAUACUAG